AUGGCGAACCGCACUGACCCUGAUGCAGAUACCGUCCAUGGAGCAAACCCCCAGUUUCUGGUGGAUCGAAUCGUGCGAGUGAAGAUCUACAACGAUGCUUACUGGAAGGAAUACUGCUUUGGUUUGACCACCGAGUCGUUGAUUGACGAGGCCGCGAGGCUGGACUAUGUGGCCGGGACCUAUGGUGGGCGCCGGCGGCCUUCGCGGUUUUUGUGUCUCUUCCUGAAGCUGCUUCAGAUCCAGCCAGAGGAGGAUGUGGUCAUGGAGUACAUUAAGCAGCCAGAGCUGAAAUAUUUGCGAGCACUGGGCUGUGCGUAUCUCCGGAUCACGGCCAGGUAUCUGACCAUCUACCAGACCCUAGAGCCCCUCUUUGCCGACUAUCGAAAGCUUCGGUAUCGAGACAUGAACGGCAAGAUGUCCAUCAUCCGCAUGGACGAGUUUGUGGAUUGGUUGAUGAGAGAAGAGACGAUUUGUGACGUCACGAUGCCCCAGAUCCCCAAGCGAGAGAUCUUGGAGCAAACUGGGCAGCUGGAUGUGUACCAGAGCGUCCUCGAAGACGACCUGGAAGACUUAGAAGAGCUCGAAAGAUCUCUCAAGGAAAUGCAAGCAAAGGAUGAGCCCAAAGCCAUCACAGAGGCGGAGAAAGAGCCGCAGGCGCAGGAGCCAGAAGAAAAGAAGGUGGAGGAGACCAAAGAGACCAAAGAUAGAAGUGAGGAGAGAAAACAACGAAGAGAUGUGGAGAAGAGGGAUAGGAGAGAGGAUGAGAGGAAGGAGAGAAGGGAGGAGAGAAAAGAGAGAAGAGACCGAGAUGAAGAUAGGAAGGAAAGAAGGACGAAGGAUCAGGAGCAAGGGCACAAACGGAAAGACCAUGAUAGAGAGGAGAAGAAGGAAAAGAAAGACAAGAAAGAUAAAAAAGAAAAAGAGGAUGAAAAGAAAACAAAGAAGUCAAAGAAUGUCAACAAGGCAGAUGAAGAAAGAGCAGCAGGACAUGCCAAGAAAGACAAGGACGGCUUGUCGGUGGAGGAGUGGAAUGAGAUCCGAAAGGGCAUGGGGCUCAAGCCGCUCCGGUAA